UAGUGUUGAGUCGUCGGUGAACAACAUUAUCAUCUCAAUAAUAAUAUUUCAGCGAAAAAAAUAUAACAUAAUGAACACGUUUCUGAUUAUUUUCGCGUGUGUUUUUGCCAUCGUCAGCGUCUCAUCAAGUAAUUUAAGCGAGUGGAACGCAUUUAAGACGAAUUUCGGGAAAAAAUAUAAAAAUCAGGCUGACGAAAGACAUCAUAUGCGAAUAUUCCUAAAACACAAAGAUGAGGUGGAAAAACACAAUCAAAUGUUUAACGAUGGGCUCGUUUCAUACACAAUGAGUCUAAAUAGUUACAGUGAUGUCGAACAUUCUGAUUUCGCAGCAAGUAUGAGGGAAACAAAGCACAUACGAUCGCAGGCUCCGAUGAGAAAUAAGACAAUUGACGAACCGCAAUUAAUGUCGUUUGCGAGUGUUAAGUUGCCACAAUCAGUUGACUGGCGAAAGAAAGGUGCGGUAAGUGCGGUUAAGAAGCAAGGUAUAUGCGGUGCUUGCUGGGCAUUUUCGGUUGCAGGCACACUAGAAGCUCAGAAAUUCCGUAAAACAGGCCGUUUAGUGCCAUUAUCUGCACAGCACCUCAUCGACUGUAUCACUGACGAUGAUGAUGAUAAAUGUGAUGGUAACUUAAUUCACAAUGCUUUUGAUUAUAUCAAACGAAACGGUGGCCUUCAGACUGAACAAUCGUAUCCAUACCGUGGGUUCGGUAGUACUUGCAAAAAAAAUCGGCGACAUGUUGCUGCAACACUUCGCUCAUACAGAGAUCUUCCGGAUGGUGACGAAAUGAGGUUGCAACAGGCGAUUGCAAAUAUUGGUCCAUUGUCCGUCUCUUUGGACGCUAUGCGACCAUCCUUUCAAUUUUAUUCCGGUGGAAUUUACUACGACCGAAGAUGCCGAUCACGCAAUCGUGAUUUAAACCAUGCUAUGCUUGUCGUGGGUUAUGGAACUGAUAAACGUGGCAAAGAAUAUUAUAUCAUAAAAAAUAGCUGGGGAACCGAAUGGGGCGAAAACGGUUACAUGAGAUUGGCGCGCAAUCGGAAGAAUCACUGCGGAAUAGCGACAGAAGCUACAUAUCCGGUGAUUUAAACAACAAAGUGUUCAUUGACUUAACCCAUUGUAUUUUUUUUUUUUCAAAUUCCAAUAAAAACAAUGAUCCAAACCAAAAAUCUUAUUUUCAA